AUGAUAUCAGUGAAACGACCUAGUGUUGCGAGCCAUCCAAGCGCCCACCACCACCACCAUCACCAUCAUCACCACCACCAUCAUCAACACCACCAUCAGCAGCAGUCGCACCAACCGCAGCAUCAGCAUCACCACAACCAUCAGCUGCACAGCCUGCAGAACGGCUCGUCGACCGGUGUUCUACCUUCUGCCACUCCGACGGUAACGACACCGACGACUACGACGGCGACUCCUCGAACCACUUCCGCCAACAACAACCGGCUCAUUCGAAGCCGCAAUCAGCUCACCAUCGGAGGCCUCGGGUCGGAUAGCGGCCGGUCUCAGCAGCACAGCCAUAGCUUUACGAACGGCGGCUACGUCUCGAACGGUCUGUCGAACGGAACGCCAGCAGCGUCCGGGCAGGUGGGCAGUGGACACUUUAACCGACCGACGGGAGCGUCCUCGUGGUCCGGCACCGGAAGCGGCUGCUCGAUCAUCACGAACGGCGGCAGUCUCUACUACAGCAGCAGCAACGGGGGCUACGGUGUGAGCACGGCCAGCGUCAACCCGAAGAUACGGGACAUCUACGAGUUCGACAGCCUGUUCCUGCUGCCGACCUGCGCCCUCACCUCAGACAAGGCGUCCAAUCUGCGCAAGGACCUCGCCGCGUACGACUUCGACAUCAAGAUCCUGGAGGAGGGGCCGCGGGCUGCAAACUACAACGUUUGGCAAUCCGGCAACAGAGAUGCGACCGUACAAAAACAGUCAAGGCCGUCUUCAGCUAAUAGAGAUCGACUGCAUGAUCAGCACUCGGUCGCGCACACACUUCAUUGGUUUGCCUGCGUCGGCGACGAUAGUGCCGAUAACGGUAGAAACACAGAAGAACUGCAAAAAGAGCGCGAGGAGCGAAUAAAACAGAUGAAGGAACGACAGAACGAGGAGCGACAGAAGAAGCUCGAGGAGCUGAAGGCACAAGCGCUGGCGGCGCAAAAGUUCCGCGAGCAGAAGGAGGAAGAACGGCGCCGCCGGAUGGACGACCUGCGGAGGCGGGAAAACGACCGGCGGUCACAGGUCGAGGAGCGCCGACGGGCCAUCAUCGAGGCGGACAACGAGCGGCGGGAGUACAUACUGCGCAAGAACCAGGAGCGCGACCAGCGCAUGGAGACGAAGCGACGCAAUGAUCGCGGCUCGAUCCAGUUCGCUUUCGGCUCGUCGACGCCCCGCAUGAUCGACACCAGUGACAGUGGCAUGUGCAGCUCGUUCUGGGCGCACCGGAGAGCAACAUCAAUCACGAACGUAGCGUACACGGGGGCGGCACUGACGAGGCGCAGCUCGGAGCGCGAACUUACCGACGGUGCGGCGAAGAAGCGAGCUACCUCCGCCAGUGGUCUCGACCGAUCGACAGACGACCAACGACGAAUGUCCAGCUCGAUGUACGAGGUGUUCAACUGGACCAGCACUAGCGAGUGCCCGAGAAAGCUUACCUUCUCGCUUGCCGGGACCGGCAUCAACAUCGACGAUCCUCCGACGGCAGCCGACUACCAACCGGCCGUCUCCCGUAGUUACGCUAGCGGCAAGGACGAUACAGCAGAAAUGAACUAUCAGCGCACUGUCAAUCGUCGAAAGACCGAUCUAAUGCCUACCAUUCCUAGUCCUCGCGAUAGCUCUAGAUCGUCUCUCGGUACACACACUCCCAGAACACCAGGCCGAGCAUUCUCGAUGACCCGCCUGGAUCAGCUGGCGCAGCCGCGUCGGCGCAACGGCGAGCACAUAAGCGCAAUACUGGAGCGCGAGCGCCGCCAGGCCCUGGAGCUGGAGAACCUGACCCGCCUGUCCCUUUCGUCGUCCCGUUCGUCACCGACCGGCAGUGGGGGCGCCAAUAGCAAGCGUAUGUCGCGUAGCAUGUCACAGCUGGCCGGCAGCGGGGCCAAGUAUCGCAACCAGUCGCAGGACUCAAACUCGGGCCGCAGCCCCGGCUUCGGCGGUGGACGCAAAUCGUCGUUCAACACGUCCAUUAACAGUGGCAGCACCUCGCCGAUGCGCCGCAACGACACGUCGAAAAGUAUGUCGCAGCUGAACACGGUACUUUCCGUCGGCGGUGCAGGUCGCAUGACCAAAACGGAGCGUCUGCGCCAGCAGUACCAUCACCAGCAGCAGCAGCACCAGCAGCAUCAACAGCAGCAACAACUUCAAAAUCAGCAUCUGGUGACGAACGGGCUCCGUUCCGGCGAAAUGACGCCCACCAGUCUGAACACUUCGCGACCCGGAAGUGCAAUGUCCAGCUCGACGACCGCAUCCGGUAUCGUGUACCGGCGAUCCCUGCCAGCGCAACGUAAACCACGUCCGGCUAGUAUUGCCGUCACGGGGGUCUCGGCCUCCGGGUUGAAGGAAGAGAAGCCCCCACUUCCAAAGACAGGACCGUCCGUUGCGGCGACCGGUCUAACCAGCGCCAGCAGCAAGCAUCGCCUCUCGAGUGCCGGGUCCGGUAGCAUUCACACGACGCCCGCAAAAUCCUCCGCCGGCACGGAAACGCCAACGAAGAAAGUAAGCGCACCGCCGUCAGCCGAUAAGCAGCGGGUGGCGAGUUCCCGUGGAGCCACACCGAAGGCAUCCUCGACUCCGCUACAAUCGCCGGGACCGGAAAAGGCUUCCCGUAAUCUGCACGAUUCGUUGAAGAAGAUGUCCGUCGCUCCGGCGGUGGUGGAUGUUGCGAGCAAGAAGGCUUCGGCGGAGGACAAACCGGGCCCAAAGCAAGCGACACCGAAGGCAGCACCGGUCGAUACGGCACCGGUUUCCGAGAAGAAGCAAGAAGUUGCUCACAAGAUGGAGGAAUCGAUUGUCGAAGAGGAAAAGCUUCAAGAGCAGGAUAGCACGGUCGCUCCAGUGGUUGAGCAGCCAGUGGCACAGCAAGAGCAGCAACAGGAGGCAGCACAAUACGAGGAGGUGGCACCUCCUGUACAACAGGAAGUCACAGCCUCCGCCCUGGACGUAGUGUCGGCGGACCGCGUCGAACCAAAGCCAGUCUUCGUGGAGGUCUCCGAAGAACCGACGGUGGAGAAGCAGCCUGAGCAGCAGCCCCAACCCCAGCCAGACUCAACACAGCGUGACACUGCCCCCGAGACUACAGUUGCUCCGGUGGCGGAAGUGAACGAAGCGAACAACACCAGUCUGACCGUGGACGGCGUCGGAGCGUUAGGCGGUGAUUCGAUGACCGCUUCCAUGAUUGCGAAGCGCAUCAACACGGAGGAGGAAGCCAAGGCGGCGCUGGCCGAGCGACGCCGGUUGGCGCGCGAGGAAGCAGAACGUCAGGCCGAACUGGAGCGGAAGCGCAUCGAGGCGGAGGAGCAAGCCGAACGCCAGCGCAUCGCCGAAGAAGAGGAACGUCUGCGCAAACUCGAGGAGGAAACGAUCCGACUGGCCGAGGAGCAGCGACGCAUGGAAGAGGAGCGGCUACAGCAGGCCAUCGAAGAGGCACGCCGGCGCGACGAGGAGGAACGUAAGCGCCGCGAAGAGGAAGCCCGCCAGAAGGUGGAACGGGAGGAGGCGGAACGGAAGGCACGCGAAGAGGCCGAACGUCAGCGCGUCGAGAUGGCCGAGCGCCUGAAGAAGGAAGAGAAGGAACGUGAAGAGCGAAGGAAGCGCGUGGAAGCUAUUAUGUUGCGAACCCGGGCAAAAGGGGCGGCCAAUAAUACGCCUACGAAGAACAACGAAGACGACAAGGAAAACGCCAUGUCCAAGAGUCAGAUCGUACUUUCGUCCACACCAGCCGCAACCCUUCCGACCGGCACUGCCAUGUCCGCGUCCACCAUAUCGAUGACCGAUUCGUUCAUUGCGUCCGAAAUCCGGCAAGAGCAGCAGCAACAAAGCCAGCAGCAGGAACAAUCGCUUGAGAAGGCCAUGGAGUCGCUCUCGCUGAGCAACAACAACAUCAACAACACCAACAGCAGCAGUAGCAACAGCAGCAGUAGCAGUGAAACGCUCGCCCACAGUGGCUCCCUCAACAACAAUAACAACAACGGUAGCAGCGAGUUUGACCGGUCCGUCACCGAGAAAGAGAACCUGUUGCUACGCGCCGGCGCACCGGCCAUCGUAAACAACAAUCUCAACAAUGGUAGUGCAAGCAAUGGCACGGUGGCCCCUGCUGGGGUCGAUGGUGAGGUCGUUGUCGGAGGCACGGACGGCACGAAUGGUUCCGCUAACGUGGCCACCACAAACGGCAAAGCGGAUCAGCAGCAGCAACUGCCAAGCAGCAAUGGUAGCAACACCACCGCCAACAGCACCUCGGAUCUGAUCAUCGAGGAUGCGCUGAUGGGCCAAACCAACGGACACAAGAACGGCACCAUUGACAAUGUGUUACUUGUCGCUCUUGUGAACGAGUAAUGUGUUUAUAGGAUAAAUGCACGCCCUAAGAAGUUGCUACUCGAUCCGAUGGCAAAGAAAGAUUGUACAUCCACGUGGCCAGCAGCAGCAGUAACAGCAGCAGCAGUGCACGUUUCGUGCCGACGUUCUACCGAGGCCAAUGGAACAUUGACGGUGCACAUCGCCAGUGGGACACCGCAAGAUCAACCGAUCGUUUAUGCCAAGGCAAAGUAAACCCCUAACUUAUUGGACUAACUAUGUCUGGAAAAAGGCGUAUGGCAUCCUGGGGGAAAAGCAAACGAACAGAUUGCACCUAAAUGGAAAACGGUAGGCAGCCGACGACCGGGCUACGACAUGCGUGCUGAUGCUUCGCAUGCUGCUACAAGCAUUAUGUGUUUUUUAACGAUAGUCAACCAUAGCUAAGCAAAAACAAAACAUUACAAAAAUCACCUAACUAAAGAACGAACGCUGUCGCGCAAUGGUCAGCUUACGGAAGAGGAAAGUGUGUCUUUGCCACUAGGUUUCUGUUUCGCAAUUAGGAUAGGUAACAAAGAUUAAUCAAAAUGUGUUAAUUGGUAGGAUACAGGGAGGUUUAGUGCAAGGAAAGAGAAACGGAACAGCGGGGGUUUCUUUAUCCCCUGGGGGUUAUGUAAACAGUUAAUAACAUACCAAAAUGUAGGGUGAACGUUGCUGGAACGUAAGUCACGCACAUUGAAUGAAGGUAAACUCUGACUGGAACACAGAAGGACAGUCCGCGAAAUCAAUGGAAAACGACGGUAUGGCUUUUAGAAGCUAUUUUGGAGCAUAUUUUAGAGAAACAAUCGGUUCAAUAAUGUAUUUUUGCCUCUUUCUAAUGAUACUAUCGUCACCUUUACCACCAAAGGUGCUUUGUGUAUUGUCAACUUUUCGUAUAUAUUUUUAUCAAACCACUUCAUACGUUUGUUUGGUCAAAAUUGUCUUAUUUCAAUUUUACGCGCGUUAUGUUUAAAGCUCUUUAAAGCUAUAAGAAAACAUUUUGCGUAUACUGUUGCGAAAGCUUACGUCAUGAACCUUUAUUUUAUGGAAUCCUCAUGUAUUGCACUUUUGCUGCAACGUAUGAUCGUUUUCUUUGUGUUUAGCUCUAGAAACAUUCUGUGUAAUCCUGUUAAUUUGUAACAUAAUUUAUUAAAUUCUUUGUAGCAAAUUUAUGUUUCUUUUCCAUGGUUUAUGUCCUAUAUUGUACUUUGCCAAUACAGCAAAUACAUCCCAUGAGAUAAAAACUAAUACAUAAAAUUA